UUUAUACUUCCUUUUGUUAUUGUCUCUCUGCCAUAAAUGUCUGCAUAAUACAUCUCUUAUGAUCAUUGUCUAGCUGUGUCUCUUUAUAUGUGCGUGCGUGUUUUUUUUUUUUAUGUUCUUUUUUGCAUACUCUCCCUCUCUCUUUAUCCUUCCCCCUUCCCCGGACUGCUCCUUGAGUGUAUGUGUGCUCACCAGACAUGCCCAUGCCCUGGAGCCAAGAACUGUGAUGUGUUGUUUAGGCUCAAAAAUUCCCUCCCUCCAGAUGUUUCCAACAGACAUUUCAGCACCUAGUGAAAGGGAAGAAACUAUAUGAAAACUGAAUCAAUGCACCUUUCCUGCAUCCGCAGUCCCCAGUGUCAAUAGAGAUUGCUUUUCCCCAGUGUACUCUGGGAUUUGUAGUUUAGCUGAGACUUGUUCUCAGUAACCCCAGAUUCAGGUCACUUGGCUGAAUGAUACACAAACCAUUCAUCUAGUUAUAUUUCUGCCACAUUGAAUAGGCAAUUAUUUCAUGCUUGGACUGGAUGUGUAAGCAUAUUUGCAGUGUUAGAAGAAUUGAUGCGCAGAUAACCUUGAGUAUUUACCAAAUGACCUGCAUUUUGUUUUUGCUAAACAAGAACGUUAGCCUAUGCUAGUUUAUUGAUGUGGUUGAAUGUGGAUGAGUCUUUUAGGGCGAGUUCACCCAAACAAUGAAAUUCUGUCAUGUACUCACCCUCAUAUCAUUCCAAGCCCGUUAUGACUUGGAUUCUUCUGUGGAACACAAAAGGAGAAAUUCUGGAAAACAUUGGUGCUGCUCUUUAACUUUCAUUGUAAGGAAAAUCACCUUUUGUGUUCCUCCUGAAGAAAGAAAGUCAUAGAUGUUUGAAAUUACAUGAAGGUGAGUAAAUAAUAAAAAAGUUUUAUUUUUUAGGGUGAACUAUCCCUUUAAUUUGUCAUUGGUUGUCAGAAGAAGUGAAGAUGAUGUGAAGCUCAGGAGAUGUAAGAAAGAGGAUGAUACUUUACCCACUCACCCCAACUCACAAGCUCUUCAGUUUCCAUGGGAGGAGCAUUGAGAGCAGACACCAUAUCUGUUUUUUCCCCUCCAUUCAUUCAUCCAUAGAUGCACUCAUCUAUUCCCCUCACUCUCUCUAUGCCCCCAUCAUAAAUGUGUGCAUUAGAGAGACCGAGAGAGAGAGAUGCUGGGGCUGUUUGUGCAUGCAUGCACGCUCUCAGAAAUUCAUACAUGACCGACGCUGCAAGAAGAGAGUGAGAGAGACUGGAAGGGAGGGAGGGGGUAAGAACGCAAAGGGAGAUGGAAACCGGAAUUAGCACUAGCAUCAUAGAGAGAGAGAGAGAGAGAGAGAGCGCGUGAGCACAGAGGAGAGGAGGGUAGAGGACAGUCAGCUGCAUUGCUCCUCACACACAUAGACAGAGGUGGAGAGAGGUGAGGAUGAGAGACUGUGGAGGAAUGAGAGGAAAACAAAAGGAAACCGCUGUGCCCUUCAUUAGAAGUGAGGGAGGAAGAUUCUGCUGCUAAACAAGGGAGGAAGGAGAGCCAACGUGACUGAUUUGAAAGACAAAAGAAGAAAUGGAUAAAAGAGAGAAUUUUUUUUUUCAGGGAGGGGACUGAGCGAGAGAGCUAGCGAGUGAGGGAAGAGGUGGAUUGUCUGGCACCAUAUAAAUAUUAACAUGAUUAUGAUUUGAUCGUGCAGGAUCAUUUUUAGCCUGAAUCUGACUACAGAUGGACUCUCAGCCCGUCUCUCUUUUGUAAUUCAAGGAAACGUUUCUCAAACGUUCUGCAACAACAGAUGAACUUGAACUGCACAGUGAGGGGAAGAAAAAAAACUCUUUAAACUCUUUGAAAGAUUUCACUUUUUGAUGUCAAUUUAUGAACUCUUCAAGAUAUUUUUAGGAGAUAGUAAUGUCUUAUUGACAAAUCAUUCUUCGUGUUUCUUAACUGUUAUGCAGACAAAAAUCAGGUUCUUUUUAUGCAAAACCUUUAGAUGUCUUUAUUUGUAGUGUAAUUCAGGUGCUUUCAUAGAUCUCCCGAUCAGGGAUCAGGUGUUUGCGAGUCCUGCUGUCUUUAUCUGGAAGUAUGAGUACGAGUAUGUCCGUGAUUGUGUGCAUGCACGCUUGAGCAAUAUUUGAUUUCCUCAUUGGAGCAGUGCCACGACUGCGCUCUGUGUGUGUGUGUGUGUGUGUGUGUGUGUGUGUGUGUGUGUGUGUGUGUGUGUGUGUGUGUGUGUGUGUGUGUGUGUGUGUGUGUGUGUGUGUGUGUGUGUGUGUGUGUGUGUGUGUCUGGUGCUCUUUGCGUUGGGAUGUCAACACUUAUUACCUUUGCAGUAUUGGUGGCAGUGGUUAAACUUUCCUGUCCUGUGCCAGUGUUUUCUGCAGGCCAUUGAUUCUCAGUGGCUCAGACUGCCCUUUGUUGCAGUGAUUCAGAACCGAGCUCUCCAGGAGUUUCCGAACCGUCUGAUUGGACUGCGAGAGAGACGGCAGGUUUUAUGUUGGCAAAACUUGUCUGCUUUUGUUUGGGUUCUGUCGCGACUCUGUCUCGCACGAUUUCUCCACAGUCUGUUACCAUGGCAACAGUCCAGUUGCCAUGUAAAGUUCAAAUGCUUGGGGAUGCAUAACAUCAGUGUUAGUGCAUUGCAGCAUCCAAAGUUACAGUUUCAGCUGGACUUAAAGUUUAAUCUCAUAUAGCACAUAUUAGGAGGGAGUUGUAUCUUAAGACCUUACCAGGUUUCAAGGUGCUCAAUCUUUCGUUCAUUCAGUCUUUUUAUAUAUCAAAAAUAUACUUUGUAGAAUCACAUAAGACAUUGGCUGCAAUUAAUUAAAGCUUUAGUGCAUCUGUGGUCCUAUUUAUCAUAUCUUUUGACUGAUGCCUGCAUGUCAUCCUAUGCUACUGUAGUUAAAAAUUGAUUUAUGGUUCCACACAGUUUAUAUCUUUGUUACUGCAUUGUAUUAUUGUCUUGUUGAAAGCGAUGUAGUUAAACUCAGGUUUUGCUGUGUCAGUCACUCUGUGUUGGAACCAAUGUCACUUUUGCAUUAAUCAGAAACACACAGAUGCACUGUUGUCCAGGCAUUAAGCAAGUUUACAUGGACAAUCUUUUACCAAUUAUGCGUAAUAAUGCAUAAAAUGAUGUAAACGCCUUAAACAGUGUUCUUUAAUCAGGUAAGGUCAUAAAGGUUUAAGCAAAAGCCAGUCGGACAACCACGUUGAUUUUUGCCCACCACCUUGAUUUUGCAUUGCAUGUGACCACCUUUACCGCAUUAUUACGGUACCUGCUUAUCCAAUGUGUGCAGGUGUUGUGUGCAUGCCUUUUUAUGUUUUGAAUUGAUUUCAAAUUUCACGAAACAUGAUUUUCUUGCUUUGUCUGAUUUGUAAAUGCACUAAAAGCACUCCGUGUUAAAAAGACAAUCUCUAUCUGUGGCUAUUGGUUACUGUUUAAUUGCUUUUUAUUUAACUUACUUAAAAACAGGGACCCUGACCUCUCUUUAGUUGUACUGCAGCCAAUGUUGGUUUGGCAACAACUCUUUUACUCAAAUCACGUUUACUCAAUUCUAAAGCAAAUCAUCAUAUCCAAUCAGGGAUUCUGCCAUUAUCUUCACGGACAGGUGCUACACUCGAACUAGGUUUCCAUUGGUCUGUUUUACUGCUUUUAAAACAUUGUUCUCUAUACUGCUACUGAUAUUAUUUAAAUGUUUUAUAGUGUGCUUGUUUGGAUGUCUACUUUUUACUUCUCUGUACUAGUUCUCUAAACACUGUGCAACUUCUGUGCCAUGUUGAGGUCAGCAACAAGGUCAUGGCACGAUAAACAACUUUAUAAUACAGCCUUGUACACUUCUGUUUGAGCACCCAGUCAAAUGCUGUUUGGACUAUACUGACUACAGCGAGCUCUGCAGUACUAAGAUACAUAAUCUGUGCCAUGUCAUUGUAAUCACUUGUGCAGUUUAUGAACUUGCAACGAGGGCCUCUGUGAAGACUACUUAUAGCAGGCAAGUUAACCUACCUUAAUUCUUUAUCAACUUUAAGGGUCCUAGCUCAUCUGGCCCGAUAGAACUGCAAUGAGAAAGUGUAGCUUUAUCAAUGCAGUUCAGUGCUCUUAAAUCGCAGGGCCCCAGGGUGCUGUUUUACUCCAGCUGAGAUGAUAGACAAACCCUGUCUUUGACUGCCAGUCACAUCUAAUGGGCUUUGCUGGGAUGGCUUGGAGAUCUUGCAUAUGUACAUUUGAAGGCGAGAUACGUUGUCUUUAUGCAGGCCCAAGGCUUCUUUGAGGUCAAAAACUGGUGCUAUAGAGAAAAAACAAUCAAUUUACUUAAGAACAUCUGAAAAAAUAACAACAAAAGCUUGAAGUAUUUCUGUGGUUGCUGAGAUGGAAUAUAUGCAGUAUAACACAUUGUACAUAGAACCAGACAAAUGUGGGACUUGGUCCAAGGCUGGUUAAAGUGUUCCAAACAGUGCAGACUUAUAUUCUCUGAAAAGCUCUAGAAAUGAUUAUCAUUUGAGAGGUUCAAAGUAACCUUGCAUAUAUUGGUCUGAAAGCUCAGAACCGUUAGAGGUUACAAGACUGUUGCCUCUCUACAGAUUGUAAAGUGCUUUACACUGGGGAUGCGCAUUGGUAUGGUUCAGUUUAAUAUGACUUUACUAAUUGACGUUUAGAGUAGGUUUUUACUCAGGUAACAGAUCUAUAAAGCGCUGCUCCAUCCCAGACUGUUUGCCUGAUUUUGAGGUGUCAUUUAGGGUAAUGAGCGAGUGAUUGAUUUUUCAUUCAGCCUCUAAUGAGCGCUUGUAUCAAUGGAUCUCUGGAGGCGCUACUUCAGAUUUGGCCAGUUGGGUCUCAUUAUCGUCAUCCUGACUGUGCUGAAACGUGUUUCUUUUGGAACAUCAUAGUGGCCCCUGUGGCUGGAUUGUCACACCUCAACUUCUCAGAUCACACCAAACUCAAACUAUCAGUGGUUUUCUAAAUGGUGCUCAAACCCAUAUUAUCUUCUAUACAGCCAUAUUUAACCAAUCUUGUCUCUACAAUUUUGAAUUAACGGUUUCAGGGCUUUCCGAGUCUAGUUUGUCUUUUUCUAAAUCAUAUUUCUACAAGCUGUUCUUUAUCAGGGUCAUUUACCUAUUUAUAUAAUCUGAAAUUAUUUCAUUUCUGACUUUCACAGUAAGCACGUUUACAUGCACGAUCUUGCACCCAUUAAUAUACCAAUCAACUGGCCAUUACCCUGAUUUUGCUGUGCAUGUAAACACCCACGUUUUUUCCGGCUUAUCAAAUGUGUGCAAAGUGUUGUCCUGUUUACGUUUUGAUGUCAUAAGCAGAGAAUAACCAGAUUUGUUCAAGUCUAGUGUUAACGCAACUUUCUUGCUUUGUCAGAUUUUUUUUUAAUCAACCGAUUUUUAGUUAUUAUCUGCAUAUUGGUGUACAUGUAAACAGACACACUGGAAAUUCGAUUCAGUUGAAUUAUUGUGUGACUGAUUUGAAGAUUACGAAGAGGCUCAGGUGUUUAUUCUUAAAGAAAGAUAGAAGUAACAGGACAGCCUGGAGAACGGGAAAGAAGACGUGGGAGGGGGAGAGGGGUCACGAGAGAUUAUCUGGAAGAAGAGAGCGAGUGUGUUGGAGAGGGAGAGAGAGCACAAGCGGCAGAGGUUGGAGGAGGAGAGGAGGAACUCUGACGAAUACACAGUGUGGAGGCUGAGGGAGGGCUUCCAGGAGAGGAGGGAGGAUAGACUGAAAGAGAGUGCAGAGGGUGGGAAAGAAGUGCAGCCAGAAGUGAUCUGGAAAAGAAGAGAGGAAGAGGAGGAGAAAGACAGGGAUAGGUGUCGGCUUGGUGACAAAAGUCCCAAAAUCAUCUGGAGGAGGAGGGAAAGAGAGUGACUGGAAAAGAAAGUUAUUAAAAUAAUCAUUGUGAUGUAUACUGUAGAGUCAUAUCCUUCUACAUUUAUUAAUGUGGAAGGGACAAUGAAACCUUAAUGGUUGAAGUUAACUUAAUAUUGUAUUUUUGUGUAACAAAUUUACAUAGUUUGAGAAUAAACAACCUGCUGUAGUACAGCUGUGAAUCUGCGUUCACAGGAUCAGUACUUCAGCUUUUUCCAUCCAUCUGUUCCCACUUCCUCUCACUCUCUAUCGAUCUGUCUGUCUGACGGAAGCCUCCUCUCUCUGAACCUCAGCUGCAGCUAAUAGGCUUUUUAUGGGACUCUGUCAGAGCUACCAGAGUGGAGCCCAGCAAAUGCAAAGAUAGACUAACACACAUACACACUCGUAUAUGUUCAAAAACCAUACCACAUCUUUCUCAAACAUACCAAGACAGAAUUAAUCUGGAGCACUGAAUAUACAAAUAUACCAAUAAUUUAAUGACAAUCAUACAAUGAAUUAUGCUUGACAAUUUGACCCUAAGAAGCUCUAUGCAGACCUAAGAUUUGAUGCAAACUCUUCUAAACUCUGUAUGACAAACAGCAGCUUGGACGUCUCUGUGAUCUAAGCUGAAGCUCCUCAGAUGAACACUUCUUUACUGCAUUGGUCUUUUCAUCCUUUUUGUGACACUUAAGGACUGAGCUGUCGGCACUCAUUUCACUUUCAUUUCGUGGGUGUGAUAAUGAAGGAAUCAGUGGAUGGAGAGAAAAAGAGGACUAUAAAACAUAAGGGGAGACAAGCUAUUGAUUUGAUAGAGAGACGUGGAGAAAUAUAAAGAGAACAUAAGGAGGUUUAGUGGACACGGAGACUGUGGUCAGACAUGGAACUUGUCCCAAAAACCAAAUACACGCCCUUUAGGAGCGACUCCUUUAGCUCGACAGACGAGACGGCGUCCAAUCCCUCCCUCCCAUCUUCUGCUCCUCUCACCCCUCUCACACCUCCUGGCAUCCCUCCUUCUCUCUCUUCCUCCUCUCUCACCCCAAUCCUCCCCCCUUCCUCUCCACGGCAGGCUGAGAACAGCCCCACCACUCUCUGCUCCUUCUUCCCCAGGAUGGGGGCCCUGCGGCUGGGCGUGUCUUCCAAUUUGCUCCCAGGCCUAAAGGCCUCCAGCAGGCUGGCAAGAGUGGCAGGCAGUCAAGGUUUGAGGGAGUCUCCAGAAGACAGCGGUACCUCUUCCGCCAGCUCUUCUCCUCCUCUCAUUUCUCUAACAGCCCCAUUUCCUCCUCCUCGUCCCCCACAGGAUAUGAACCGGCUGGGCGGGGCCUCGCGGAGGGCCCGUGUGGAGGGGGGCCAGCUCGGCGGAGACGAGUGGACACGGCAAGGCUCCUUUGUCAACAAACCCAUACGAGGCUGGCUGCACUCAGACAAUGUGGUCAGCACCACCGGUGUCUCUUACACAGUCAGGUAUAUGGGCUGCGUGGAAGUGCUGCAGUCAAUGAGGGCACUGGACUUUAACACCAGAACUCAGGUUACCAGGGAGGCUAUAUCAAUGGUAUGUGAGGCAGUGCCAGGUGCCAAAGGUGCUCAACGCAGGAGAAAGCCCUCCUCUCGUUGUCUCUCAUCCAUCUUAGGGAAGAGUAAUCUCCAGUUUGCUGGAAUGACAAUCAACCUCACUGUGUCGACCAGCAGCCUGAACCUACUGGCAGCUGACUGUAAACAGGACACAGCAGAGUAUGUAGCCUACGUCGCCAAAGACCCUGUCAAUCAAAGAGCAUGUCAUAUCCUGGAGUGCUCAGAGGGCUUGGCUCAGGAGGUCAUCAGCACCAUUGGUCAGGCAUUUGAGCUCCGCUUCAAACAGUACCUGAAGAACCCCCCUAAACUGGUUGCCCCUCACGAUCGGAUGGCUCCAUUUGAUGGGUCAGCCUGGGAGGAAGAGGAAGAGGAUCUGGCUCCACCUCCAGAGGUUCCGUAUUACAAUAACUUUCCCGGCAAACAUCCUCCUCCUGGAGGCUUGAUUGACAUGAGGGCCCGUCCUGGACACAGUACAGGAGCCACAUUGCCCUAUGGACAGCCCAGCCAGAAUGACAUUCACAAGCAGCCUCUACCUCCUCUACCAGUGGGUGUAAAGGAGGGUGGCUUGUUUGAUGACCCCUCAUAUGUCAAUGUGGAUAAACCCCACCUCCCAGCGGCAUCAGCAGCUAAUGGAAACACUCACCGAGAUGCAUUUGACAUGAAGCCAUUUGAUGACGCUUUAGGUGUGUCAGGUGCAGUGGCGCCCCCUAUGGCAGAACAGCUGCAGAACGAGCCCUGGUUCCACGGGCCUCUCAGCCGUAGACAGGCCGAAAGGCUUCUGACCAAGGAUGGAGAUUUCCUUGUGCGGGAGUCAGGCACCACACCAGGCCAGUACGUCCUCACAGGACAGCAGGGUGGUCAAGCCAAACACCUUCUUCUGGUGGAUCCAGAGGGAGUGGUGCGCACCAAAGACCACCGGUUUGAGAGUGUUAGUCACUUGAUUAGCUAUCAUAUGGACAACAGGCUGCCAAUCAUCUCAGCAGGAAGUGAGGUGUGUCUGCAGCAGCCAGUCGAGCGCCAAGUUUGAGAGAAACAUUUGGAUUUUUCUCCAUCAGAAAAAAACUCCUCCCUUUCCACUUUUUUGCCAGACUCUAUUAGAGAAUAACUUUUUAAACUGGGAGUGUAAGCUAAUCAUAUCUUCAUAGAAAAGCAGAAACGUACAAUUAAGUAUUGCUUCAACCACCGAUCAUAACAUUUCAAAGUGAUGCAAUCAUUAUACUCAAAGACUAAUGACAUGCAAAUCAUUUGAAAAGGGGAUUAUAAAAAGCCAAACUCAAAUGGGAAAGAGAAAGCAUCUUAAAGAGAAAAAAACAGAUGUGUAAUGGAUGUGACAUCACUUCCUUAACACAAUAUCAUGUCUUGAAUUAAGACUGGGGUGCACAUGUAACCAUGGCAACAGGCUUGGGCAUUCUUGGAAUCUAAGGUUGAUCUGAAUGAACUAAAAUCAAAGCACCUUUGUAGCACUCUAAAGAUUGGGAGUUCACAUCCUGUGCAGUGGACGAAAUCCAAAUACUCGACUGUUUCAAACAGAUUAAUAGUUUCAAAGAGCUGUUUUGUUUUCAAGCGUACAGUAUGCUGCAGUCUGUUUACAAAUCCCCUGCACUAUCCUGUUACAAGCUGUGGUCUCAAGACUGUUUGAUGAAUAUGCAAAACUUUCGAGAAUUCAGAGCUCAUUCUCCAGUCACAGACUUCACACUUCAGUGUCCCCAUUGAAUUAAUCCCAUCCAUUGUAACUCCCACUGGAAUAUCACUUUGGCAGUGUCCCCACCUGGAGAUAACACUCCAAAUUGCUUUCUAUUCUCGCCCUGAAAAUGCCCUUUACAGAAUUCUUACAUGGUCUCAAGAAUGACUGGGAAUUUUGGCCAUUUGGGAACACCCCUGAACAUAUGUGAAAGCUUUAGCAGCCUGCCCUGCUGUGUGGAAUUUUCAUUAUGCAAAUAAGUAGAUGCUGUGAGGGACUUAUCCUACCCUUUAUGAGGUAAAAUUGCAGGCAUUCUGAACUAGUCUGUGGGAAAAGGGACAGUUUCUCCCCAUAACAUCCUCAAUCAGCCUGGGAGGAAAUAGAUGAGAGAACAGAAUAAAAAAACUUAAGUGCAAUCAGUGGACAUGGACAUACUGUAAGCCAGUAAUCUGAAUAUGAAAGAAUGGACUGAACUGAAAAGAUGGAGGGAGACUUAUUCUACACAUCUAUACAAGUGAGAUGACUCAAUGACACAAAGCAGAUCUGUUUUAAAGCCUUCUUAUGAUGUCAUAUUAAACAAGAAUUGAUAUAUUUGUUGCAGUGAUGUCUUCUCCUUGAACAGCUGACAUCAUUAGUUGGAUGGUUUUAUUUUUAAUGCAUAAGGAAUUGGAGCAGAAGCUGUAUUUUCUUUUUCUUGUUUACUUCUCUGUUCACAUUGACAAUCUUAUCUUCAUGUAUAUUAUCGUAUGUGCCAGCUGCUUCUGUAUGAUUGGAGCCUUUAGUUUCAAGGCAAUGUGAAAGGACAAAAUGUGUAUUCCGAAGUGUACAUCCUUUUCAGAGAUUCACUAUAAGGCCGCAUUUGUGUGAUGUGUAUUGCAAAUGAGGCAGGAUUACUUGUCUUUCCUUGCCUGUCAAACUCCGGACACCUCUAUGGGGACAAAAAGCACUCCAAAUGAAUUCUGAAGACUUAAGUCUUUUUGAAGCCACAAAGUACAGUUUCUGUAUAAACCACAGACAGAAAAAAUACAGAGUUCUUUCUUCAUUCUUUUGUUCAUCUUUGUUUGUUCUUUUAUGGAUUGUGCCUUUUUCACUUAACACAGACACACCAAUGUAACACAGUCGCCUUUUGUGAAUCUAUUGGUAAACAUGGCACAUUUCUUGUACAACUGUGGGAAAAAAAUCUGCAAAAAUGACACAAGUGAGGUUUAGUACAGAUUUUGGGAAGGCAGUCUUCAUUUUUCCUCUGUGUGAUCUUUCUGCCUUGCUGUUGAACUGUGCUCUUAGUUUAGUGCAAAACUGUUGUUUAAAUAAAACAGCUUAGUAUAAUGCUACGUUGCUUAAACUUACAUUUUGUUAAAGAGAACUUCUUAUUCUGUUUCUCAGUGGUUACAGAAAUUAGAUGCGUAACACCCUGUAAGAACAUGUAAAUAAGCUUUACAUAUGCUCAUUGCUAUGUUCAUGAUUAUAUCUGUGAGCAUAUCAUAUCUGAAGCCAGUCAUUCACUGUGUGUAUCUGUGUCAAAUUAAUCCAUUGGGAAUUUGUAAAUGAUUGUAUUGGGUGAUUUAUAGGUCUAUCAUCAUGGAAAAGAACUAAUGUGAAGGUUUAAGAUUUGACUAGAUCAUGCUAACAUAUGUCACCAUAUACGUACAUAAGAGUGAUAACCUAAUGUCUUCUACACACAGCUGCCACAAAUCUAUGUAAAUUAUGAGAUUUUCUAAGUCAGAUGUAUAAAGACCCUUAGCAGCACAUAUCUGAAUGCUUUGUGAAUCUUAAAUUGGUAGCUGGCAACUUUUAUUUGGUGAUAUUUUUAGAUGGAUACAUUUUGUGGAUUAUCAGUCAACUUUCAUUCCACAUUAUAACUGUAGACCGAUUCCAGAACAGCUGCAAGAGUAUAUGACCAGCUCUUACAUUCAUGUGAACUUUAGCCUGUUGUAAUUCAAAUGUAUGCUUGUAGCAUGCAGAGAAUGGUUUGAUGGUGGUGGUGUUUUUUUUUUGUUUUUUUUUUUAAAUCAUUUGACUUCACUUUUAUGUAAUGGUGGUCAGACUAGUGGAUCUGGGCUUGCGUGUGCGCGUGUGUGUGUGUGUGUGUGUGUGUGUGUGUGUGUGUGUGUGUGUGGAGCUGGAAUGGUCAAGAAUAAUCUGGCUUUUGCACCUCUCUUGCUCACUGAACUGUUUGCUCAUUUUCAUAUUUCUCAGUGGCCUUUUGUUGCAUGAAAACACUUCCUGUUAUUGUGGCAAUGGUGACUUUUGUGUUGUGGUUGGUUGUAUGCUAUUUUCUAAGCCAAAGUCUUUUUCUUUUUUCUUGUUUGCCAACAUAAAUAUUGAAUUUUUUGUUUGUUUUUUUACAUGUUUUUGAUUGUUUUAAUAAUCCUUUUUAUGUUGUUGUUCUAUGGGCGCAAAUAUAAAUGUUUACACCUGUAUCUCAAACAAUAGAUUACAUAUAUAAAUACAUAUAUCA